AUGAACAUUAUACGGCAGGCGAAAGCAAAGAACAUCUUCUUAUUAGAAAAACCCAUCAACACUUUUAUACGACGAGUGGAAGCAGAACAAUCGAAGAAUUCAGGGCCAUUGUUGAAAUGUAUAGAUUUGUUAAUAAAUCAACAUGAAGUGGAGUUGAUAGAAAAGUAUCGCGUUCAACACACAGAUGACCAGUACGAGCUAAAGCAGCGGGUUUGGGAUAAGUUAAAACUACGACGGACAGACGAGGAUCCUGCUUUGUUGAAACGACUGGAUUCCAAACCAAGUGAUAUCCUGUACACAAAGGAAUACAACAACUUUGUAAAGGAGUUAUAUCCUGUGGAGGAUCAACCAUUUCUGUCUCGAUUCAGCCCCCUUGAUUUGCUGAAUGUUGCAAAAAAGUACCAGGAUAUUAAUCACGAUCAUACUUUCAAAAGAUACUUGGACCUACCUAAACCAGCACCACAAUUUUUACCUCCUUCAAUCUUGCAAACAUUUAUCAAGAAAUAUGUCUUGACGCAGAAACACUUUGCCAACAGGAAUGUCAUUGAAGGGUGUUUGCUUCGAGGCGACACUAAUGGAUUGAGCAAGGCUUUACGCAAUGAAAAUUCAAGAAGACAAGAUUAUCGCAAUCUGUGCCAAUCAAUUUUAAAUGACUUGAAACAAGCCGGGUUUGAACUUACGCAGCAAGAGCAAGUACGAAUGAUCUACUUGUCCUAUUUUAAGGACAGACAUGAUAUUGUGUCCUGUGUAGGUAGUGAACCUGACUUGGGCUAUAAGCGAUUCACAUUUGAGGAAUAUGAACUGAUUUUGAAGUCCUUUGGUGACCGGAGAGAUUUGUUGGGCGUGUUACUCUUUCUCGCUACUAGACAUGACCGAUUUGAUGUUAUCAGUGAUAUUCUACCUAAAGCUGGCUUGGGAGAAAUUAUAGGUGUUGGUGACAAAAGCGACUUAAAGCUAAUUGAUUUAUCACUCAUAAAUUUACUCAGCUAUUUCAGUACUUUCAUCGAUAGACCAGGAUAUAUCCAGUAUCUAGCAAAUACUAUAGACAAGGUGAAUCAGAUACCUGUGAUUACCAAUGAGAUUGUUGAUGGUUUGAUCAAGAUCUUGAUAGACUUGGACUUGAUCAAACACUCUGAGAUAUUAUUUGAGACCGCUUAUUUUCCAUCAGGCUCCAAUAACGAGGAUAAUGAAGUAUUCCCUGAAUGGCGUUAUAUUUACACCAAAUUGAAAUCAAUCACGCUAGACACAUCAGUGUUUUACAACCUAUCACCUAAUCAUCUUUCAUUUUUAAACUUGCUUCAAGGAUAUUGCCAUAAACAGUCGUUUGACAAAGUCAAGCAAUUGAUAUAUGUAAUGGACAACUUGACUAAUCAAAAAAUGAGUACGAAAAUGUAUUUUGAUAUCUUCAAGGGGUUGCACAGUAGAAGUGAUUGGAAUAUUGACAAUUUGACGUUUACGUUGAUCAGGUUGUUGAAUGAAAUUGACUCGAACAGAGGCAAUGAUGAUUUGCAUAGUCUUAGAAGCCUUUCAGUAACAGGACACUUUGACGCCACCGCCUUGCAGGAUCACUGGGCUGCUGAAUGGGCCACACGUGACGCAAGUGUUUCGCCAUUGCGAUUGAGCAACUUGCUCAUGGAAUGUUUAAUCAUGGCCUGCAUCACACAAUUGCAUCGGAUUGGUGAGAAAUCAAAACUAGACUCCAUCAAAAACAUAAAAGUGAGGUGGGAAAAGAUGGUUGUGCCAAAGAAAUUUGGCCCUUGUGAGGCAGAGAGACUUUCCUACAUCAACAAAGCGGUUUUGAUGGAAAUUGUAGCAGCAAUGCUUUAA